AUGAAGUCGAGGGGGGCUGGGGGUGCGACAAUGGCGGUGGCGAUGUUGUUGUUGUUGAUGAUGAUGAUGAUAGUGCUAGUAGAAGGGAUUCCAAGGAUUGAAACCAUGAUGAUUGAGGAUCCUGUUAGCCACGGACAUGGUCUGGCGACUCACAGGCGCCCUAAUUUGAAAAUGAAUGUCCCUUCCAAGGAUCGGCCGCCAUCCAUGGGCUUGCAGCCAUGUAAGCACGCUGCGACAGGGUUUGCAAGUACCGAGUUCAUCCCACUUGCUGCAUGUCGGGGAGGAGACGGAGGGGCAGAACAUGUCCAUCUGAAAUCUCACAUUCAUCUGGACGACAAGUCUGGAAGGAAGGGUACAAACCCACUUGUUGUCCUACAGCGGACGUUCUCCAUGAGGCCUGAGUAUGAGUUCACGCAGAAGGAUGAGGACACGUUCAUGAACACCACGAGGCUGAUGCGACAUGUCGUGCACGGGCUGCUCGUCCACAGCUUCGUGCAGUCGCUGGUGGUUGUCAACAACGUGUGGGAGCAAGGGAUCGUGGCUAUCCCGCAAUUUGGAGACUGCAUCGACGAGUUGUGGUAUGCUUACUUCAUCAACGCUGCUUCUGCCUCGUAUGAGGCGAUCGUACAUACACAAGGAGCUGACAUCCACAACCUGAUGCAAGCCGUGCAACAGGAGUGUCAGCUGUGGAAGAAGUACAGGGUCCCGCUAAUCAUCAAGACUGUGCUGAUGUUCAUCAUGCUGACGUGGAAACUUGUGAAGAUGUUGAAGGGUGAUCGCUUCCUCCUGUCACAGUACCACAAGAUAAUGGGAAAGCAGUCAUAA